AUGAGAGGGGAAAAUCACACAUCCAUGGCACAAUUCAUCCUCAUUGGCUUCUCAGAGGACCCAAGCCUGCAGCCCAUCCUCUUUGGGCUAUUCCUGUCCAUGUACCUGAUCACUGUGCUUGGAAAUCUUCUCAUCAUAUUGGCCAUCACCUCUGAUCCCCAUCUCCAUACCCCUAUGUAUUUCUUCCUCUCCAAACUCUCUUUUGUGGACAUCUGCUUCACCUCCACCACCAUUCCCAAGAUGCUGGUGAAUAUCCAGACACAGAGGAAGGACUUCUCCUACUCAGAGUGCCUCACUCAGUUGUAUUUCUUCAUGAUUUUUGGUGGAAUGGAUAAUUUCCUAUUGACAGUCAUGGCCUUUGAUAGAUUUGUGGCCAUCUGUCAUCCAUUAAACUACUCAGUUACUAUGAACACUCAUUUCUGUAGUCUCCUGGUCCUUGUGUCUUGGAUUAUCAUGUUCUGUGUUGCCAUGCUCCAUGUCCUGCUGAUAAAGCUACUGACAUUCUCCGUGGGCACCAAGAUUCCACAUUUCUUCUGUGAAUUAGUUCAACUUCUCAAGGCAGCCAGUUCUGACACUCUGGUCAAUACAAUCUGCUUGUACCUGUCAGCUGCUUUAUUUGGGGUUUUUCCUGCCACAGGGAUCCUGUUCUCUUACUAUCAGAUUCUCUCCUCUUUAAUGAAGAUGUCCUCCACCACUAGCAAGCACAAAGCUUUCUCCACCUGUGGUUCUCACCUCUGUGUUGUCUGCUUGUUCUAUGGGACAGGACUGGGGGUUUAUCUCAGUUCUGCUGUUUCCUAUUCUGCUGAUAGAAGCAUGAUGGCCUCAGUGAUGUACACAGUGGUCACCCCCAUGCUGAACCCCUUCAUCUACAGCCUGAGAAACAAGGAUGUGAAAGGGGCCCUGGGGAGACUCCUCAGCAGAGCCAUCUCCUUUCCUUCCUGA